GCUGCCUAUGAGCCAAGACAACCGGGAUAAUUAUUCCUAAGGUACUUGAGACAGCGUUUUGACGUACUUAAUAUUGUCAAAAUUAAUAUUUGACACCAUCAAAAAUUAUGACUAAUGAUCUAUCUAAAAAGAAGGGGAAGAGCUCAGGUGAGAAAAAGGGCAAAAGAAAAGCCAAAAGAAGAGAAACUUACGCCAUGUACAUCUAUAAAGUUUUGAAACAGGUUCAUCCGGACACGGGGAUCUCCAGCAGAGCCAUGAGCAUCAUGAACUCCUUCGUCAAUGACCUGUUUGAGCGGAUUGCCACAGAGGCGUCCCGGCUGGCUCAGUACAAUAAACGCUCCACCAUCACCAGCAGGGAGGUGCAGACCGCAGUGAGGCUGCUGCUGCCCGGGGAGCUGGCCAAACACGCCGUGUCCGAGGGAACCAAGGCUGUCACCAAGUACACCAGCUCCAAAUGAGGACUCCAACGCACUGGAAGUUGUUAUGAAACGAGGUUUUUGUGACCUGGUUUGUUUGCCAAUAAACAUAAGCUCAAA